AUUUUUCAUCAUGAUUCGGAAAAAGUAGAUUCUCUGUUUAUACUAUUAAUUGUUUGUACCGAUUAUACUUCCGUUAUCUUCAAAUAAAUGUAGGCUGAAGGAAUACUGUAAAACACAAUCUAUCAAAAUAUCAAAUAUAAAAGCAGGCGAAUACACAGUAAAUGUAAUAAAAACAAUCUAUUAAAAAUCGGAAUGGAAAGCCGUAUUUCAUUUGAAAUGAUCAUGCCAAAAAUGGAAGUAGAUCAGUUACAAUAUAUGAUCGAUAUUUUCAAUUUACAACAUUCUAAAUAGAAAGAGAAGCAGUGAUGCAUGCACCUUAUAUUUACUUUUAUAUAAAGGCAAAAUUAUGAAAAAUAAACCUGUAUGAAGUAAAUGUAAUCUAGAAGGAAGUUGUAAACAAUUACUUGUUUGGAUUUUAUCGUUCAAAACUAUGUAAAAACUCGAUUUUACAUAUUCUGGAGAACGACACAGUGUUCAUUUCUUUAUUCUUUUGGAAUACAUUUAAUUAAAAGAUAUCAAACAUGAAAAACUACACAAGCGACGAAGACGUCAUCCUAGAAAAGACCAGGUAUGACAUAUUCCGGCAUUUGCUCCCGGUGAUCGUAUACAUGAUCCUGUUUGGUGCUGCAGGAAUUGUUGGGAAUAUCCUCACCUUUAUAUUCUACACAUUCAAGUCCAAGCGGUCCACUACAGUCAUGCUGAUUGCGUGCUUGGCUAUGGUAGACCUAAUAGUUUGCGUCCUAUUUAUUCCUAACAUUAUAGAGAUGUGGGUGAAUGUGAAAUAUACUGCAAGUUUCAUAUGUAAGUUGGCACAUUUCGUUGGCCUUUGGGCAGUUGCUUGUUCUGGUUUGAUACUUUGGGUCGUGGCUAUUGACCGACACAGAAAAAUAUGUAGACCGUUUGGAAAGCAGAUGACAUUAGUUACAGCAAAAUAUGCUGUCAUUGCUAUUGUUUCCUUUGGACUGGUGUUGUCUGUGAGAAACUUUGCAAACUUUGACAGUGUUGAGGUUAACGUGGUAGACCAUGACGUAAAUAUGACUGUACAAGGAAGAUAUUGUACGACACGGGAUGAUGACAGUUAUAUAGUUAGUGUAACAAUCUUCACUGUCAUUGACUUUCUUCUUAUGCUAAUGGUUUGGCUAACAUUAGCCGUGGCUUAUUCUCACAUUAUUUACACCAUAUUUAAGCUACAAAAGAAACGGAAACGUUUACAUCAAAAUCCGAAAGUUAAAACAUUGGACAUAAAUAAUCCAUCAUAUGAAAUCGAAAGGCAAGAUGAAAUAAACACCAAUUCGCAGCAAGGUCACGGUUCGUUUUCAUCAGCAGUACACACGGAGGAAACUGAAGAACACAGAAAAGUAGAUCCGGUAAAGCAACAUGAGAAUUCAGAAAGAGCUAGCAUUCUAAGUAACGAACUCGGUUCGAGUUCGUAUGGAGAUGAUAAGUAUGCUAUAGAUUUAGAUAUUUCUACAGAAAGUAGACAGAGCGUCCAACCGCGUGUUUCAGUUACACCGACAUGUUCUAGCAUUCAAGAGUCACGACCAAGCGAUGAAAAUACCACUGAAUAUUCAUCUUCUUGCGACAUUGAGCAUUUACCUGAUGCGGGAACUUUGUCACCAGGCAAUCAUUCUAAGUCUACAAUGCAAAAAAAGUUCCAUAGACAUAAAAAGCCCAAAAGAUACAACAGCGCUAAAUGCGCUGUAGAAAGAAACUUAACUUUCAAGAUGCUCGCGGUAUCGAUAGUGUUCAUAGUUUGUUUCACGCCGUAUUUUAUUAUAAAAAUCCUCAUGCGAGAGGUGCUGAAAACGGGAGAAGAGUAUGAACUAAAUUUAUGGGCUCAGAUUUCCUUGCGACUACCAUAUAUGAACAGUGUGUUUAACCCGAUAGUAUACUGUGCAUUUAAUCCCAAGUUCAGACUAUACAUAAAGGGUGUAUUUCUUGGCUUAGUUUUCGGCUGUUUCCGCAAAACAAAAUAUUUGUUCAAAUCGUGAAGAAAGACCUAUAUCAGUUGAACGCAAUGAUUCAACGUUACUCAUUUCUUUGAAGUCCUUUGUAUAAAUAGGAUUUGCGGUCUUUAUUGUAUGUAGUUUCAUUCAUUGUAUGCACAGUUUAUUGUUAAACUUUAUUUACACAAAACUAUCUGGAUAUCCUUUAAAAUACAUGUGUGUAUGACCUUAACAUGAAAAUGAGAUAUGAGCCGUGCCAUGAGAAAACCAACAUAGUGGGUGUGCGACCAGCAUGGAUCCAGACCAGCCUGCGCAUCCGCGCAGUCUGGUCAGGAUCCAUGCUGUUCGCUUUUAAAGCCUACUGCAAUUAGAGAAACCAUUAGCGAACAGCAUGGAUCCUGACCAGACUGCGCGGAUGCGCAGGCUGGUCUGGAUCCAUGCUGGUCGCAAACCCAUUAUGUUGAUUUUCUCAUGGCACGGCUCAUAUAAUUAUAGUGUACAUCUAAAUGACAGAAUCCAUCCAGGAACAUUCAGAAAUGUACCAAGUACACUUGUUUUAUAUGGUACAAACUGUACAGAACAAUCAUGGAAUAUAUAAACAAAUAAUGUGUACUUGUAUUGUGCUUUUUAACACCUGUAUAGUUUAAUACGGUAUUAGAGACGUAUAAUUAAAGAAUAUAUACUAUAUUAUAUGUACUAAGUAUGUAAAUAUGUACAGUUGAUAUGUAUAUGGAUGUUACAAUUUAAAUGUAAAUGAAUAUGUAUAAUAUUUUGAUUGUAUACUCAUUUACAAAGACCGUCAAUAACUGAAUGUUCAAAUUUCAUAUCGGUUGGGUAAUGUCAUUCAUGUAUGUCUGAACUCAUAGGUAUUUUACUUUCGAAACAUUAUUGCCAGUUGCUCCUGACAGACUAUUAAUCCAUUAAAUGUUUUAAAUGCUACCUAUGAUGCUUAAGAAUGUAUAUGUAGGAAAUACGGAGAGUCGUGCUUUACAUGUCAAGAUUGCAAAGCAACUAUCUGAAACCAGUUGAAGAACUUCAGCAUCUAGAAUAAACAAUACAUUAUGUAAAUAUGCAUGUUAGCCAAUCAGUAUGGUGCUGUAUUAUGAUUUUCAUACAAGCUUAAACUGUUUUGUUUAAACAUGCUCAUCAAAUAGUGUCAUGAACAUAAUUUUAAGUGAUAAGAAUUUAAUAUUCCAUGAAAGAUUUUCAUGCUUAAAUUGUUGUGUAUGCGUGUGUGUAUAUUUUUACUUUUUGAGGGAAGUGGGUAGGGGUUAUGAUACUUAGAUACAGAAAAUCGCUGAAUCCUUACCACGCAAAAGAAGUUCAUGCGCUUCACAAAAUACUUUAUUGCAUACGAAUAUCGCGGACUGAUUAUCAAAGUAGUCCAACCUGACAUCAUUCACUCUUGACAAGUUAUUUAGUUUACAAUAAUUAUUUUAUCUCCAUUGCGGAACCUGCCACCCCCGGCUUCAGCGGUGGACACCUACCACACUUCCCUCCACUGCUGGCCAGUUUGUGUUUUUGUUAAGCAGUUCCAGAUCUUAGAUCUAAGGAAUAAUUGCUUCCGGUUUAUUACUCAUGUCUUCGCUAUUGCAGCUUUUGGCAAUAUGAUGCAAAAUUUAGUGUAUAACAAAUAUGUUUGAUUUAUAAAUAGCGCAGUAUGUAAGUGAGAUAUUCAUGCAGGGGAUGUAGAUAUAUCAUUAUGAGGCUGGUUUUUUAUUUCAUUUUUCUGUAAUGUUCUUGAGGUAAAAUUAUCAUUUGAAAGAUUUUAUGAAAUUAUACUUUAUACACCUGGUAUGAUAUUAAGUAACAGCCAAACUUUGAAUACAGUUGUUCUCUUCGUCAUGUAUACUGUCAAUGAGUAGCAUUUAGACACACAGUCAUUGAUAUAAAACAGAACAAAAAUGUGACAAAAUCCGGCACUACGAGUGCUCCCAGGCUUUGAUAAUACAGCGGGAUACAAAGUGGUAAAUGUAGGUUACUGACUAAAAGUCCAUGUAUAUAAAUGUACCUCUAGCGCAAUCAUUUACAAAACUUCAAGAAAAUAUCAAAUUAGACAGUAUCAUUUAUAUUUUACGUCAAAUGUAUUUAAAUACUAUUCUUAUUUAAUAUACUAUACACAAAAAGUUUGAAAUACAUAAGUUACAUGUUAAACUAUAACAACUGAAUUCUUGAAAUUAUAAUGCAAGUUAUUGCUAAAACAUGUAUUUACCAUGUGGAUACUGUUCAGUAGGGUAUUUUUGUGCAGUUCUGUAUCAUAUGAAAGUGGUUUGUACAAUCCUAAAUAUUCUAAAAAUGUUCAGCUUGUUUAUCAUUGCUUAAAAUUAAAAAAAAAACUCAAACGUGAUUACAAA